AUGCUGAGAGAAAUACAGGCCCAGGAGCUAUCUGUGCUACUGAAGGGAGAGUCUUUUGAAUGGUCUAUUUUGAUAUUGGACAAAGACGGGCAGGACAUCAUAUCCCCGCUGUUUAUUAUGACCGAUCUCAUGGAGAUGGGGAUAGUGCAGUGCUUGAGAAUGGAAGAUAGCAGAGAAGCGAACUUGGAAACAAGAGCAAUUUAUUUUGUAAAAGAGACAGAGCAGAAUGUGGCAAGAAUAAUUGAAGACGUGCGGUGCAAUAUGUACAGCAGAAUAGAAAUACUUUUCACGGGAAUAGUCAGCACAAAGUUCCUCAGAGAUCUUUCUCUUAAGCUGGCAGCGAUAAAAGAGGCUAACAGAGUGGUGAAAGUGGUGGACACAAUUUCCACACACUCCAUGCUGCACGAUAACAUAUACACGCUGAACAUGGAAAAUUCUUUUGUCCAGACAGCGAGACUCGGCAGUUAUUUUGCACAGACACAAACCACGCAGGCAGAAACAGAAAUAGUCGAGCACACAGCUUCUACUGGAAAUGAAGCAGGCAGCGAGAGUGCAGAAGAGAUGGAGCAGGAGCAUUCGGGGUACUUUGAGAAAAUAGUUCUGUCGCUACUGUCUAUUUUCAAAAACACAAACGAUCCCGUUAUCUACCACAACCACCCGAUAUCUCGGAAAAUAUCAACAGAUUUUCUCGACAGACUGUCGGAGAUAAGAGAAGUGCAGGAGAGAAAAAGCCCGCAGAAACACAAAAAACAAAAAAGACCGCUUCUCAUCAUUUUGAACAGAAACGAAGACCUUGUUGGGCCGAUGUACCACACAAACUCAUACGGCGCCAUGCUCAAUGAAAUAUUUGAGUUCAAUCUUAACAAACUUGUCAUUGAAAACCCAAUAAACAGCAAAACAGAAGACGACAAGAAAAAAGAAGGGCCAGAGAUAUACAACCUCAACAGACACGACACAUUCUACAAUGCAAACAUAAACCAGCCGUUCACCACAGUAGUCGACAAAGUAAACGAAGAUCUGCUCGCAUACAAAGAGCUCUCAAACAGCGCAUCGAUCAACAUGUCGAGUGGAAACGAUGAAAUGAUAAAAUCGCUGAUCAAGCUGCCAGAUCUCGUGGGAAAGAACAGACUUCUGUACAACCAUCUGAACAUUGUUCUGAAUGCAAUAGAAGUUAUCAAGAACAAGCACCUUGAUGAGCUGUUUUCGAUAGAAGACAGCAGCGCAAUAGAUGUUCCAGAAGUGGAAGAAAUCAUCGGAAAAAUAGAUAGGAACGAGCUGAUUAGAUUAUGUGCAAUAAUCUCAGCCAAGUUCAGCAAACAGUACGCUGAACUGUCAAAGACAAUAGACAAAACUCUGCAAAACAAGGCAGUGCUGAACUACAUAGAAAGAAACACCGUAAAGCACGGGAUGAAAAGCAAGAUAAUAAAUAACCUGAAAAGGAUGAUAGGCGUAGGGAAGGACGGGAUAGUGAGAAGAAUAGAGGAAGUGUACAACAAAAGAGAGGAGGAUUACUCCUCUAUAAAUGUGCUCCUGCUCGGAGGAGGCACUUAUGACGAAUACAAAGCAGUGAUGGACUACGGAAAAUCGCAGAACAUAAAAAUAACGUACGGAAGCACAGAAAUUCUUUCAGCAAACAAUCUUAUAGCACAGAUAGAAGAAAUAGCACAAUAA